AUGCAGGCCGUCAGACAGAAGAUCAAGAGAGCUCUCAGCAUGCACGACAAGGAGACCAACUUCGACGAGCACGAGGAGUUCGACGAGGAGACUACUGGUCACCUCCACAAGCAGCUCGAAGAGGCUGAGGCCGAAGACUCCAAGUACCCCCAGGGCAGACCCGGCUCCUUCCUCAAUCGUCUCAUCUCGCACGGCAACAAGAAGACCGAAGACCAGAUCGCUGCCGAGAUUGCCGCUGGUCCUCAGGCUGCA